AACCCGUUCUUAUCACCGUUGACCAGCCCCUCCGAGAGUGCCCAUUGGCACGCUGCAUCUCAGGAUUACAUCGAGUCAACAAAAAGAAGGAACCCUGAGAGACCACUUUGCAGUCGUAAUCAUCAGACCAAACCGCUCCGAAUGCGCAUCAACGGCGUGGCGUAAACCGCCAUUGGCGAACCGUCAACUGUCGCAUAGCCUCGCAAUCCCCAAGGAUGGCAGCCAUUUCGAGUCUAGUAUUGACUGACGCCAUACCUUCAAGGGAUCGAGUGGAGGAAGUCGACACCCCUACUACUCCCAGGGCAGGACGUUACCCGUCAGCGCUCAGGGAUAAUGUCGAUGUUGCCCUUGAAGACCAUGAUUCUGCUCGACGGUCCAGCACCUCAACGGUGUCGCAGGCACCAAGUCAAGGCCACAUUAUGGGCCUUACCGAUCGGAGAGACCAUGUACCCGACAGAAGAGACAGCGUGGACGAUGGAGCAAGUAUUAUGGACCUAGACGACGAUGACGAUGCCUCCGACAACGAGGACCCGGAACAAGGCGAGGCAGACGGUACAUCGAGAAAGAAAAAGGGUCAAAGGUUCUUCUGUACCGGCUACCCGCCAUGCAGUCUCAGCUUCACGAGGAGCGAGCAUUUGGCUCGGCACAUUAGAAAGCACACCGGUGAAAGGCCAUUUCAAUGUCACUGCAAUCGAAGGUUUUCUAGGUUGGACAACUUGCGUCAACAUGCACAGACUGUGCAUGUCAACGAAGAAAUACCAACGGAUUCACUUGCUGCCACUGGAACACGGUUCCAGCGCCAGAUACGGACUGACCGCGUUAGGCCUACAGGCCGGCCACGCACGGGAACCGCAGGCAGUGGAGGCGGUCACAGUCGUGGACAUAGUCGGAACCUCUCGACCUCUAGUAUCGGCUCAACCUCGUCAAACUAUAGCGUCGUCACUGAUGCGAAGAGACGACCUCCGCCCCUGCUCAUGGCCAACGACGGUACAAGCAGGCCAAAUAUGGGCAUAGACGGCCCUCAAACACCUCCAAGCCAAUAUCGUGGCUAUGACCCCAACUCUCCUGGUGGUAUGAGUACGCCAACAUCCGCGAACUUCUCGGCCACGCCCGGGAGCCCCGGGUUCUUAUCGUCGAUGGGGUCGCCGACAUCAACGCAUUCUCGACUAGGAGGUUACUUUGGGUCCCCGUCUCAUGCUCGUCGGCUGUCGGUCCCCUCCGGCCCCAACCCCUACCAGUCUCAGUAUCCACCAGGAUAUCCCAUGGCUUAUGUGAACAACAUGGGCCCCAGCAGCUCUCAUGGUUCAUCAAAUUCCAGCGUGCUUGCCAGUCCUACUUCGGGAAGUUUCCCCAUUGCUCCUGGUCAACACCUCCCGCCCGGAGAGGAUUGGCGAAGACGAACCUGGCACCCUUCCACAAUGCCAGUUGCCAAUUUCAACUAUGGCCGACCAGCAACCAGCGGGCUGACAUACUCGCAAACUCCAGACGCACCUCAACCCAGCGCUGCCCAACACGCCACUGCAGCUGCUGGUCAGGCUCCUCGCUUGCCAGGGAUCGAAAGCUUCGAUCAUGUCCAGCACAGAUCGUACACUCCUCCUCGUCGGCAACCCAGCCCUAUGCAGAUAGACCCCAACUUAGCUGAUGUUCACCCUCGUUCAUCAGGCCACAAUCACGGUGCAGGAUCUUGGGGUCAGCAAACGAUCAGCGAAAUUCAAUCCGUAGGCGUGCGACAGCACGACCCACCUAGACACAUGGAUAUGGGUCCUCCGCCUAUGACCAUUCAACAACAUCAGCAGAUGGCGAGGGAGGCCCUAGAGGCCCAAUCACAGGUCCGGAAUAGCAAAAGGCAGGCCUGGUACAAUGGACCGGCUCCACCUGCCCGGACUUCUCCCGAAGAUUCGAGCAGUAGCGAUGGGAUUCCAACACCUGGCAUGACCGCUGUCGAGGUGCACCCGAUGAUCAUGCACAGUGGGGGCUACAUGGAAGCACAGCAUCCAGUCUUGGGCCCAGAUGUGCAUCAAAACGUCUGUCUUGCUCCGGCACCCUAUAUUGAGCCAGGUCGUCAGGAUACUGCCCCAUCUUUUCAUGAUCGGGCUAGUCGCGGUAGUGACAUGAACCGCCUGGAAGCUCUAGUCGCCGUCGCAACGAGCGAAAAUGGACCGCGCUGAAGAUUUUAUGCAAUGGUGUCAGCCUUGCAUCUUGAUGGUUACCACAACUCUUGCACGCGACGAACGAUACAUCAUGUCCUGACUGGAUUAAUGCGGAGGCAUAUUUUGAACGCAGUCCUUCUGAUCUUUGUCUGUUACAGAUCUUGACGGCCUGCAUACGAGA